CUACGUCUUCCCCUCUUACUAUGGCUGACGGCUGGCCCGCAAGUGCAGUGUUCAACUCCCAAGCCCCGGGAUACGCCUUCGAUGAUAUCAUCCUAAUGCCGGGCCAUAUCUCCUUUGGUGUGGAGACUGUUGAGCUUGCUGGUCGCAUCUCUAAGGAUAUCACUCUCCGAACUCCCAUCAUCAGCAGUCCUAUGGAUACCGUGACUGAGGCUAAGAUGGCGAUCGCCAUGGCUCUUCUUGGGGGUAUGGGCGUCAUCCACGGUAAUAUGACCACAGAUGCACAAGUCCAGGAGAUCCUCAAGGUCAAGCGCUAUGAGAACGGCUUCAUUAUGGAUCCCUAUGUGCUCGGGCCUAACAAUACUGUGGCGGAUGUUGACGAGAUCAGGAGGGUAGAGGGUUUCUCCUCUGUCCCGAUCACCCAAAACGGUCGGAUGGGCGGCAAGCUGUUGGGGAUAGUGACUAGUCGCGAUAUUGAUUUCGUGGAUGACCGUCAGACUUUGCUGAAGGACGUCAUGACUCAAGCCAAGGACUUGGUGGUCGGAAGUGAACCCAUCUCGUUGAAUGAGGCGAAUUCGAAGCUGCAAGAUGCGAAGGUUGGUAAGCUGCCCAUCAUCAACAGUGAUUGGGAACUGGUGGCACUCAUCUCAAGGGAGGACUUGAAAAAGAAUAAGGACUACCCGAACGCGUCCAAGGAUAAGAAUAAGCAGUUGAUUGUUGGUGCUGCUGUACCGAUCCUCCCUAACAUGGAACUAUCAUCCCUCGAGGAGAGGUGUCGCCUAUUGAUAGAGGCCGGCGUGGACCUCCUCGUCCUCGACUCACCCGAUGGGGACUCCUCUGUACAAGUGGAGUUGCUGAAGUGUUUGAGGGCCAAGCACGAGAAUGUGAAUAUUAUGGCUGGCAACGUGGUGUCGGUCAGACAGGCCAAGAGCCUUAUCGAUGCUGGUGCCGACUCCCUCCGUGUGGGCAUGGGAUCCUCCUCUGUUGGUAUUGGAGCGAGCAUCACCGCGGUCGGCCGUGCCCAGGCUAGUGCCGUGUACCGCGUCGGCAAGUUUGCCCGUGAUUAUGCUAAUGUGCCGGUGGUAGCGGAUGGGGGUAUACAGAACUCGGGGCACAUUAUGAAGGCCCUUAGUUUGGGGGCUAGUGCGGCUAUGAUGGGAAGUGGCUUGGCUGCUACCGAUGAGGCCCCAGGUGAUUAUUAUUAUUCUGAUGGAGUUCGUGUGAAGACCUACAGGGGGAUGCACUCUUUCAAUGCUGUUCGCGAAUGUUUCACGAAUGCUGGAAAGGAUGUUAGCCGGUUGGAUAGACCCUUCGCCGCUCAAGGUGUGCAAGCAGCUGUUGUUGACAAGGGCUCGGUGAACUCUCUCGUCCCUUACCUCAUCCAAGGCUGCCGCCAUGGCUUCCAGGAUCUCGGGGUCCAGUCGGUCGCUCAGCUGCAUCAACAGCUCGAUGAUGGCUUCCUCCGUAUGGAAGUCCGGUCGGGCUCGGCUAUCAAAGAAGGAGGAGUCCACGACCUAGUCCGCCUCCCUGCGGGUGCUGGUGCUGGCAUGGGCCGCCGUGGACAGGGCAGGAACUGAUCUUCAUCAUCAUU